CCACCACAAAACACACAAGCUGAACUCAGAUCCCACUUUGAUAAAAGUGAAAGCGGUUUGGUCUAAACCAACGCUGACCGUUCAAACUAAAUCCAACGGCUCACAUCACGCGUGUCUACUUAUGUCACAUUGAAUCUGUGUGACACGCACGCACUCACACUCCCUCCCUCUCUUUCUCUCUCUUCUCUGCAAUUCCCGCCGGUGCUCAAACCCUAACACCGUCGUUUCGUCCCCGUCCACCACCGUUUGAGGGGGAAUUUGAUUUUCUCCGAUCAUUCUUCCCUGAAAUUGGAAGAUUCGUGAAUCAAUUUCUCGUCAGCUUCUGGUAAUUUAUGGUUAAAAACAUUAAGCUCAUGGUCAGUACAUUCUCCAAUGACUUAAGCACACAAUAACAUAGCAGUAGAAAUUGUUUCAAAUGGAUGUUCAAGUGAUAAAUGUGGAAGAAGGGAACGGUCAUCAAGCUAAGGCUGAUGAUGGAGAUGCAGAACCAAGUGACGGGGAAAUUAAUAAUGCUGAAAACUCUGGAUCUGGAUCUCAGGUUGAGGAUGGAAUUUCUGAGCCGUUUGUGGGUAUGGAAUUUGAUUCUGAAGUUGUUGCUAAGACUUUCUAUGAAGAGUAUGCUAGACGCAUGGGUUUCUGCUCUAAGAUUGGCCCAUGUAAUCGCUCUAGAACUGAUGGGUCAAAUAUGUAUCGGGAGUUUGUGUGUAACAGGGAAGGUUUGAAAAAAAGAAAUAAUGACAGUUGUGAUGCCAUGAUUAGGAUUGAGCUAAAGAGUCAAAAUAAAUGGGUUGUAACAAAAUUUGUGAAGGAGCAUAGUCAUUCCGUGGUGAGCUCCAGUAAGGCACUCAACCGUCAGCCUCGUAAGCAUUUUUCUAGUGUUGGUAGGACAAUGCCUGAAACUUACCAAGGAGUGGGACUUGUUCCAAGUGGUGUUAUGUAUGUGUCUAUGGAUGGGAAUCGCAUUUCGAACCAGAAUACUCGUGGGAUGCUGAAUACUCAUGCUGCUGCCGCUGCUGAACCCAGUCACCCAAUUAAAAAUUCCACAUCAAUGAAUUAUACAGUUAGGCCACCUUUUCAAAACAGGACACUCGGGAGGGAUGCUCAUAAUCUACUGGAGUAUUUUAAGAAAAUGCAGGCGGAGAACCCUGGUUUCUUCUAUGCUAUACAACUUGAUGAAGAGAAUCGUAUGUCUAAUGUCUUUUGGGCAGAUGCAAGAUCAAGGACAGCUUAUAGUCAUUUUGGUGAUGCAGUCCAUCUGGACACAAUGUACAGAGUAAAUCAAUACAGAGUGCCAUUUGCUCCUUUUACUGGAAUAAACCAUCAUGGCCAAAUGGUCUUGUUUGGUUGUGCACUUCUCUUGGAUGAUUCCGAGGCAUCUUUUUUGUGGCUCUUUAAGACAUUUCUUACAGCAAUGAAUGAUCGUCAACCUGUCUCUAUAAUUACUGGUCAAGACAAGGCCAUUCAGGCAGCAGUUUCACAAGUUUUCCCUCAAGCUCGACACUGCAUUAACAAGUGGGAUGUCUUGAGAGAAGGCCAAGAAAAGUUGGGCCAUGUAUGUCUUGCGCAUCCGAACUUUCAGGCUGAACUUUAUAACUGUAUUAACCUGACAGAAACCAUUGAAGAGUUUGAGUCAUCUUGGAAUUCUAUCCUUGAUAAAUAUGACCUCAGGAGAAAUGAUUGGCUUCAGUCACUGUAUACUGCUCGUGCGCAAUGGGUUCCGUCAUACUUCCGUGAUUCAUUUUUUGCUAGAGUAUCUCCUAAUCAAGGACUUGAUGUAUCUUUUUUUGAUGGUUAUGUCAACCAACAGACGACAUUGCCAUUGUUCUUUAGGCAGUAUGAAAGAGCUUUGGAGAGCUGGAUUGAAAAGGAGAUAGAAGCAGAUUUUGAGACGAUUUGCACAACACCAGUUUUGAAGACACCUUCACCUAUGGAGAAACAGGCUGCCAACCUUUAUACAAGAAAAAUAUUUUCAAAAUUUCAGGAGGAACUAGUUGAAACUUUUGUUUAUACUGCAAAUAUAAUUGAAGGAGAUGGGGAAAAUAGCACUUUCAGGGUUGCAAAAUUUGAGGAUGACCAAAAGUCAUAUAGUGUCACAUUAAACCAUUCUGAGUUGAGAGCUAACUGUAGUUGCCAAAUGUUUGAGUAUUCAGGCAUUCUUUGCAGGCAUGUCUUAACUGUUUUCACCGUAACAAAUGUACUUACAUUACCAUCCCAUUACAUCUUAAAACGUUGGACAAGAAAUGCAAAAAGUAGUGCCGGAUCAGAUGAGCGUGCUGGGGAAUCACAUGAACAAGAGUCUCUGUCAUCGAGGUAUAAUAGUUUAUGUCGGGAAGCCAUCAGAUAUGCUGAGGAAGGGGCAGUAACUGUGGAAACUUAUAAUGCUGCAAUUAGUUGUCUUAGAGACAGUGGAAAGAAGGUUACUGCUAUGAAAAGAAGUGUUGCCAAAGUUUCACCUAAUAAUCAGGUCAGUUGGGCUGCUUAUGAUGACAAGAAAUCAACUUCGGAUACAACUCCUCUGUUGUGGCCCCGGCAAGAUGAAGUAACAAGAAGGUUUAAUCUUAAUGAUGCUGGCGGUCCUGCUCAAUCAGUUGCUGAUCUAAAUUUGCCACGAAUGGCCCCGGUGUCCGUUCACCGAGAUGAUGGUCCAUCUGGAAACACGGUGGUUCUUCCAUGCCUAAAAUCAAUGACAUGGGUAAUGGAGAACAAAAACGCAAGUCCAGAAAAAAGAGUAGCUGUUAUAAAUCUGAAGUUGCAAGAUUAUAGCAGAACUCCGUCAACUGAAUCUGAGGUUAAAUUUCAGCUUUCCAGAGUUUCUUUGGAACCAAUGUUGAAGUCUAUGGCUUACAUCAGUGAACAGCUCUCAAUACCAGCUAAUAAGGUUGCUGUAAUAAAUCUCAAGCUUGAAGAUACUGAGAGAACUUCUGGCGAGUCUGAAGUAAAGUUUCAGGUGUCAAGGGAUACAUUGGGUGCUAUGCUGCGAUCAAUGGCCUACAUUCGUGAGCAACUAUCUUCUAUGGCCUACAUCCGUGAGCAACUAUCUACUGCUGGCAAUUCACAGUCAGAACCUCAAUUGAAAAAGCAAAGGAAGUAAAGCGGCAAAUGUUCAUUUCAUUCCCAGGUGGAUGUGGCUGCAUAUCUUAUUGAUCGAAGUGUGAUGACUACUCAACACAAAAGUGGCUUAGAAAUUGUAGUAUUUGUUUUAGGGUGGGGGGUUAGCUUCUAUUUCAAAGGCUGUUAUGUAACUUGUACAUGUAUUAUAUAUAUCCCAGGCAGCAGCUUCGUUUUAUACGAAGCCGAUCGACUCCCCUUAAUCCUACAAAAGCAUAGGAAUUGGUUAAGAACUUGGCCCAAAGAAAGGAGAAUAGGGUCUAUGAAUAGGGAAUAAGAAUGAAAUUUCUAGUAAAAAAAGUCAUAAACAUGAUACAUUGGCUGGGAGUUAAUUUUCAGUGCAAACAAUCAACGUUCAAAUAUGAUCGCAUAACAAACUGAUGAAACUUCUGAUUUAGGACU